CCGGCCCGGCCCGGCCCCGCAGCGCCUCGCUCGGCCGCGGGGAUCACGCGAGCGCGGGGACGCGGCCUGCGGUCGCCAUGGAGCCGGUGAGGCAGGACGGCCGGGCGCUGGCGCUCCGCUUCCAGGCGCGCUUCCUGGCCGCCAGGCCGCUCGGCUCCCUGCCCUGGGCGGACCUUGAACAAAAAUUAAAGAAUUCAGAUUCCCUGUUCCUGCUGGAUAUUUUGCAAAAGACUAUUCUUCACCCCUUAAGCAUGAAAUAUCCCCCUUCUGUGAAGUACAGAAGAUGCUUUUUAGCUGAACUCAUUAAAAAGCAUGAGUCUACAGCAGCAGAACCCUUAGAUGAAUUAUAUGAAGCACUAGCAGAUACUUUAUUUAAAGAAGAAUCUACCCACUGUUAUAAGAGCUACUUACUGCCCACAGGAGAAUCUAUUACACUUUCAGAGACUGUGGCAAUUAUCUCACAGGGAACCACAGGACUUGUCACAUGGGAUGCUGCCCUUUAUCUUGCUGAAUGGGCAAUAGAGAAUUCUACAGUUCUCAAUAACAGGACAGUCUUGGAACUAGGAAGUGGAAUUGGCCUCACAGGAAUAGUAAUCUCCAAAGCCUGUAAUCCAAAGGCAUAUAUAUUUAGUGACUAUCAUCAGUGUGUCCUUGAGCAACUGAAAGAAAAUAUCUACUUGAAUGGCUUUGUUUUGGAAUCCGAAGACAUGAACUGCACCAAAAUGCAAUCUAGAGACCAAACAGCCAAAAGAGUGGGUUUCCAAGGACCAAAAGUAGCUGUUGCAGAACUUGAUUGGGAAUCAGUUACACAAGAGCAGCUUUGGGAACUUCAUCCAGAUGUUGUCAUUGCAGCAGAUGUGGUCUAUGACCCAGAGGUAACUUUAUCCCUAAUUGGCGUACUACAAAAGCUUUCUGCUUCCAAAGCCAAUGGAAAAAAUCCCGAAAUCUACAUUGCCUUCACGAUUCGUAAUCCAGACACAUAUCAUCUGUUCCAGACUGAACUUGGUAAAGUUGGGAUUGGAUGGCAUGUCAUUCCUACUGAGAAGAAGAACCUGUUCCCAUAUGACACACAUUCAGACAUCACUAUUCUACAAUUACUUUUAUAAACCCAGUGUUAUUGCUAGGAGUUAACAGAUUAAACUUGAAAAAACCUAGCAUUAUGUCCCCACAAGCAGGAGCAUGCAGUUGCCACGGGGGAAAAAAGAGCACGAAUUCGUGCCACUGCUUUUUGCCCCAGCAAAAAGCCCCAAUAUAUGGGAUUAGUGUGAGGAAAAUGCUCUGGGUGGGGUAGGGGAGGCUGGGGCCAGCACCUGGGCUGUUCCGGUGUUGGCUACAAAUGUCCAACUCGGGAUCCUUAAAAUUCUAGUUUAUUAGGCGGAUUGAAACACUGUAAUCAUAAACCUUGGGGCUGGUCCCCACACACACACACACACACGUGCACAUACAUGCACACACACAGUAGCAGGCUACAGAGUCAGGUAUACCUAUCCUACAAGCGCUGGAGUCUGUCGUUGAGGCUUCUUUCACCGUGGUGUUAUCUUUCAGAAGGGGGUUGCCGGCUUGUCCUUCUGGCCAGACAGGUCUGGUCGAGUUGGAGAUCGAGAUCAAGAGGGUGCCACUGAGGGUCACUUUUCACUGCCUUUUAUCUGUCCCUGGCAGACUUUGGUGACUCCCCAGUUUUCAGGUUUGCCCAAUCCAGGGGUCAUUGACCCUCGUGGGACUUCUCCCCCCCCCCGGUGGCUACUGGACAGCAUCUGUCAGCCCCAGGGGUCGUCCGCAUGUAUGUGCAGGUUUGGGAGUCCGUUGUUGAAUUUAGAAUAGGGCUCUGGAAGUGGUCGAUCUGGAGAUAUUCAGCCCAAAAGUUGGUCUCUGGCGUUGAUUAACUCAGGCCAGGGCUUCUAGCCCUUGAUCAGUGAGGUUUGGAGAUUUCCCAGUUGUUACAUUGUCUUCUAUUGAGUUCUUCCAGUUGAUCUGCAGCUUCCAGGUGAUAAUUGCUGCCUGCUACUAUGUUACACAUUCAAUCACUGAUUCACUCACUCUUUCAGAGGCCAGCCUAAUACAGGGAAGGGCAGUUUGAUUCCUGCCCUUGUUAACAUUGUUACAAUGUAUAAUUUACUUACGAAACUAAACAUAUUCAGUUGAAAGUUGAAAGGUGAGGAGUAUAAAAUAUAAGCUACAAAUGCCAUGGCACACAAAUAGAUAAAAAUACCAAACUACAAGGGGAGAUACAAAAUGCACACACACAAAUUUCAAAACACAAUUCCUUAUCUUAAAGUGAAAGAAAGAGGAAGGAAGGAAGAAAAGGUAGAAGAGGAAAAACAUAUCCAAGUAGGGGAGAGCAACUGCAGGCAAGAGGAAAAGGGGCUUUCUGCUACAACAGCAGCCUUACCUGGGGUCCUGAGGGCCUCUAGCAGUAGUGAUCCAGGCUCAUGGAGCUUUGGCCAGCCAGGCUCCAGUAUCAGGUAGUACAAGUGCUUUUUUCCCCCUGCGUAUUUUUUAAUAUACCAGAAUUUCCUGGUAUCUAAAUUUGGCGCUGCGCUGCAGAUAUGCAGCAUGGAGAGCCAAAUUACGUGUGGCUGGUGCGUUUUGCAGCACCUCAAAAGCCUUUGAGGUGCCUCAAAAAUGCACAUGUGCACUCGUGUGAAUGCAGCCCAGUUGAUUAUGCAACUGAGCUCAGAUUCUUUAGCUGUACUUGAUAAGGAGGCUCAGGAAGCAGAUUUGGACACUAUUACCCAUUCAUUAAGAUCAGUCCUGCAACAUGUGGCAUUCAGCAAGAUACUCUACCAUGGUCCUAAAAUCAUUAAUGUUUUUUCUGUAGGAAAUGGUUGUUUUAUAUUAAAGAAACAUUUCUAUUUGCUCUA